UUACUACGCCUUAUGCCAAGAACGAGAAGAGGUUCUCGAGUCACUACAUGACUCACUAGACUUGGAUGAAGAUGAAAUACUGGAUCGGCUUGAAAGAAUGACCAAGAAAAAUAAGGAUGACAUUGAAGGCUCAGAUCGUGUAGUCAAAGAGACUUUUGAUCAAGCAAAACAGAAAUUCGAGAGAUUGAGGGAAAUGAACAAAGAAAUGAUGCUUUUGUCCAGGCAAGGAAAAGAUGUCAGUGAACUGGAAAAAGAAAAGAACGAACUUCAGGAAGAGCUUCUGAUGUACAAACGAAUGGCCGUGCAACAAAAAAUGGGCAGUAUCUCCAAAUCAAGAAGAAAGAGUUUACUCAAGAAGGACGAAAGCCUACAGUGGAAACUUGUAGCAGGAGAAAUGCUUGAUAUUGUCAAGUGCAUUAAACUGGAAGGCAAGACAGAUAAGGUUCAGCUAGAAAAAGAUUUAAACAUGAUUAUACUGGCGAUGGGUGGUCUAAACGAACAGAUUGAAAAGUUGAAGAUUGAACUGUCAGCAAGUGAAGCGAAAGUAAAAAAGCUUCAGGAAGAGAAGACCAAUCUGCAACAGCAGAAUACGAUGAAGGAGCAAGAACUAAAGGACAAGAUUCUGGAAAUGAAGAACUGCAGGAAGCUUAUCAAGAAAUUGGAAGAAGAGAAAAAACAAGAGACAGAGAAAGCUUUGGUUAAAGAACAGGAAGAAGAUAAAGCAAAGGCUAAAGAAGAAGAAUUCAAACGACCAGAUACUUUUGAUGAUAUUAUGCAGGCGCAGUUGAGGGACCAGAAAAACAAGGCUUUGAAAUUAGAAGAACAAAAUAAAGAGCUUCUGGCACAAAUAGAAAGCUACAAACAAGAAGAGCAAGCAAGAAAGGAAACAGAAAGCAAUUUAGCUCAGAUGUUGUCAAUACCCGGCAUGGCAGACUGUUCCACCUGUCAGCUACUGGGUCGACAGGUUCUUACCAGCAGAGAAGAAAUAACCCUUCUCACCUCCAAGGUAGAGGAACUAGAACAACAGCUUGCUGAGUUACGGGAACAGCUGACGCAAGCGCAGGAGGAGUUAGAGAACGCAAUGAAAUCUCAAGUGGAUGUAAUCAAGAGAACAGAAUUUAUCGAAGGACAAGAAGCUACUUCAGGAACUCCUUCACCUACCCAAGAAGUUUCACCUGAGAGUCCAGAGAUUAAGAUCGAGUCACCUAAACCAGAAAAGCACAAAAAAGCAGGUAAACCGGUCAGGAAAUCAAAACUAAAAAAGGAAACUGAUUCCAAGAGAAAAUCAAAGGAAGCUAAACGGAAGGUGACUGAAGCCAAAACCAGCGAUGGCCCAUCAAAGGCUGCCAGCGAGGAAGAGUCGAAGUCGUCAGAAGAAGAAAUCCAAGAAACUGAAGAAGGAAAGGAUAUCGAUGGAACUGGGAAAGAAGAGGAUGAAGUGGGAGAAAUGGGAAUGGAAGAAAUGGGAAUGGAAGAAAUGGGAAUGGAAGAAAGGGGAAAAGAACAAGAAAGGGCUAAAGAGGAAGGAACGAGGAAAGAAGAAGAACCAAGAAAAGAAAAGAAGACAGAAAAAGUAGAAAAGAAAGACAAAGAACACACAUUAAAGGGUGUAGGGUCAAGACAGCAUGCAGAUGAGAAUUCUCAUUACGUCAAAGUCAGGGAAGCAAAAAUGGUUACUUUAUGCGACACGGGCACUCAAACAGGAUAUCAGGAUCGCUUGGCAAGUAUAAGCAUGGGAGGCACUAGACGUGACUCACUGGCCUCGUGGAUGGCGUCUAAAGAUCGAAAACACUCCCUGGCAGAUGCCAUAAUGUCAAAUGCUCCUCCUAGUGUAAUAGACCAAGAAACGUCUAUAGCUGCAAGUGUCAUCAAUGAAGAGGCAGACCGGUUGUGUGAAGAGAUCUGUAAUUUCAUGGAAUUCGGUUACGAUCUCCUAGAUCAAGAAGAAAAAUUGCUGGAGUCACAAGCAACCAAAUAUCUUGGCGAAGAAGGAGGAGUUGAUGAUGUUCCAGUCCUUAACGAGCUCGCGCAAGGCCAUGGACACGAUACUCGUGCAACAAGUGAUCGACGUCAAAGUAUUUUCAGUGAUGUUCUUGCAGCCAGUGAUCUUCCUCCAGCUCCUUACAGCAAUGCUUUUCCUUCAAGAGAUCGUCGACAAAGCAUACAUAGCGAUGCUUUACCGACUUCGAGAGAUCGUCGACAGAGCAUUCAUAGUGAUGCUUUACCGACUUCGAGAGAUCGUCGACAGAGCAUUCAUAGUGAUGCUUUACCNUUACCGACUUCGAGAGAUCGUCGACAGAGCAUUCAUAGUGAUGCUUUACCGACUUCGAGAGAUCGUCGACAGAGCAUUCAUAGUGAUGCUUUACCUACGAGGAAUCGGCGUCAAAGCAUCCACAGUGAUGCUUUACCUAUGAGGGAUCGGCGUCAAAGCAUUCAUACCGAUGCUUUACCUGCCAGAGAACGACAGCAAAGUUAUUUUGGCGAUGCCUCCCCGGUUUUAGAUCGUCUACAAAGUUUAUAUGAUGUCAUCCCGGUUGGAGAUCGUAUGAGAAAACGAAGUAACAUUUUGCAGCUAGACCUUCAUCGCGAUGGACCGAUGCACGAGCAACAUGGUAUUAUGGCAGCUGAUCGGAUUGGUCUACUUGGGACUGAUGCUUUACCAGAAGUGGAAGACAAAACUAUCGAAGACAAAAAGCAUGAAUUUUUAAGGAGAGGUCAAGGAGUAAGAAAAUUAUCUGAAGAUCGAAUAAAGAAGCAAUUCGCCUCAAUGGCUCAAGCUGCUAUCAAUAUCAUUAAGGAUACGGGUGAUGCCCUUCAGUAUCAGCUAAACGAAAGGCUUGGACAUUAUGAAAAGUUUUACGAGUUGUGGAAACAAACUCGCAAGGCUCGCCGCCGCUCAAUACGACGGGAACCCGUAGCAGGAAAGAGUGUGAUACAGUCAGAACCGGAAAGGUAUGUGAAGUCGAGAGGAGAAGAAGAAGAAGAUGAAACAAAGGAUGAGGAGACUGAUAUAGUACUUCCUCUAAUUAGCAAAGUUGAAAGUAUAGAAACGCCUAUCGAACAAGGCUUUAUGAUGAUUGGUUCCAGUAAGAAGAGCAAACCACAGACACCCCCUCCAAAAAUUCCACCGGCAAGAAAACGUGGUAAACCAAAAGUUAUGACGCGCCAACAACAGAUGAUGAAGCAGAAAGCUCUUCUUGAGAGAGCUCGUAUUGUAGAAACGAAGGGAGAUACGCAAAUUCUUACAGUAGAAUCAAGUGGACAUCAAAACCCGAAGUCUCCACAUCGUGCUCCGAAAGAAGGACAACGCAAACCAGCAGCUACGACUCCCAACCAGGCGUUCAAUCUCCCAUUCAUUGCUCAAGGUCUUAGCAAACGUGAAGAACCAACCGAUAAUAAAACUAUCAUACCAAGACAGUUAUCAACGGCUGAAAACGUGCAGAAGUCGUUAUCCUCUUGGGACAAGCAAGGAAUCCAGAAAUACUAUUCAGCAAACGAUGUUCCAAAGAAUAAAUCAGAAAUAAAAACUUCUUUCAGGAGCCGAAAAGCCAAAAACAAACUACCGAACCUUAACAUAAGUAAUCUCUUCGGUUCUUUUUGACAACUUCAAGCUAAUAUCAAAUCACUGUAAACACUUGACUACACGUAACUUGAUCGUCAAGGCAACCAUUUCUCCGCCGCAAAAAUGGCUGCCGAAAUAACUGGCUUGAACGAGAACAGCAAUCUGAAGAACAAUCGCAAAUUCUCUUGUAACUAACUCAAUGAAGCGCUUGAUAAAAAGCGUCAAUUGGUACUUGGUUAAGGAACUAACAAUCUAAAAUUAAAACUGGAAAUGAUAUUCAGAUACAUUCAUAUAUGUGAACAAAGUCUUUUAAUAUAAUUGUUUUUGGAUAUGACAUUAACUUAACUGAGUUUGUCAAGUAUACAAGUGCUGUAUUGUUUCAUAUACGACUAAUUAUCAACUUUGAGAAAUUAAAGACACAUUAUCAUUAUAAUCCUUUGUAGCUCACACAGGAGACGUUUUGCUACGAUUUUUCACCCCAAGACAAAAUUAAAUGAAAAACAGGUUCAGAACUGAAGGAAAAGAAUUAUUUUAACUGAUAGAAUACUCUGUUUUCAUCUUCUUGAUUUGUGUAACAAAUAUAAUAAACAUCUUCGUAGAUGUUCCUAUCAAAAUUUUGUAUGUGCAAUGUUGCUUAAUUAUUAUCUAAGAUACGAAAAUAUUAUUUGGUAAUGUUAUAAUCAAGGAUAUAUUUAUUCACGUUGUGAAUGCACACUUUCCUUGUUCUCAUUGUCCACUCAUUCCUUACGGGCCGCCAUCAAGCAAAAGGGGACUGGGUGGAUAUAUAGAGGUUAGUUACGCGUUAAGAGCUUGAUAUCGUUUUUGGUUGGAUAUAUAGAGGUUAUCACGUGUUAAGAGCUGGAUAUCGUUUUUAUUCACGAGUUUCCAUGACAUCGCGAACGAGUGAGCGAGCGAUAUCAGAUGGGAGACGAGUGAAUAAACAAGAUAUCCAGCUCUCAAGUGAUAACCUCUAUAUAUCUCUUAGCAUGUGAUAAUUUGUUUAUUAUACAUUUAGGGUCGAUAAAGUGACAAAAUUUACAAUUUCCAGUUUACCGUGAAGUGAUAUCGUAUCACUUCACUGAUAUGGUUUUUAUUCACGGCUUUAUUACACUGAUAUCGACCGUAAAUGUGUAAUAAGACCAUUAAGAAAGUAUUCUCUUGAACCAGAUUUCAUAUAUUUUCCACCAUUCUCGUACCAAGACGCUACUUAUUAGUCAACUCGUCAAAUGAGUAGGAUCUUGGUAAGAGAAUAUAGUUUUUCAUUAAGGAGGCUUAUUACUUGCCCCUGGCCAAAAGUAUUGCAGGCUCUGAGAGCAAGGAAUUACACAUUGUUACGCAUAGUGAAGUCUAAAUUAUCAAACCUAGCAAUGGAUACAAUAUUGCGCAGUAUUGCCAUGUACGUUUCAGACGAAUUCAGUCUAGAUGACCUUCAUUCAAACUGUUAUGCUACGAAUGGUAAAAAAUGUCUGACGUCACUCCCCGGAAGAUCGAGGGGAGAAAGAGUGGAAACCAAUUUUGGGAACUCUCAAUAAAGAGCAUCAACACUGCACUACUUCACUCAGGAAAAAAAAAAGGGGAUCAAAUGAACAUUU